AUGCGUGAAAUCCUCCACAUCCAGGGUGGCCAGUGUGGCAAUCAGAUCGGCGCUAAGUUCUGGGAGGUCGUCUGCACGGAGCACGGCAUCGACUCCACCGGCCGCUACAAUGGCGACUCAGAUCUGCAGCUCGAGCGCGUGAAUGUCUACUACAACGAGGCUAGCUGCGGCCGGUUCGUCCCCCGGGCCGUCCUCAUGGACCUCGAGCCCGGGACCAUGGACAGCGUCCGCUCCGGGCCCUUCGGUCAGAUCUUCCGGCCUGACAACUUCGUCUUCGGGCAGUCCGGCGCCGGGAAUAACUGGGCGAAGGGGCACUACACCGAGGGGGCUGAGCUCAUCGACUCGGUGCUUGACGUCGUCAGGAAGGAAGCUGAGAACUGCGACUGCCUUCAGGGAUUUCAAGUUUGCCACUCAUUGGGAGGUGGCACAGGUUCUGGCAUGGGAACCCUUCUGAUAUCCAAGAUAAGAGAAGAAUACCCUGAUCGAAUGAUGUUGACUUUCUCCGUAUUCCCUUCACCCAAGGUCUCUGAUACUGUUGUGGAGCCCUACAAUGCAACCCUCUCUGUACACCAGCUCGUCGAAAAUGCCGAUGAGUGCAUGGUCCUCGACAAUGAGGCUCUUUACGACAUCUGUUUCCGAACUCUCAAGCUCACAACCCCUAGUUUUGGAGACUUGAACCACUUAAUAUCAGCAACAAUGAGCGGCGUGACCUGCUGCCUCCGUUUUCCCGGCCAGCUCAACUCCGACCUCCGGAAGCUAGCGGUCAACCUUAUCCCUUUCCCUCGACUCCACUUUUUCAUGGUCGGUUUUGCCCCUCUCACUUCCCGUGGGUCCCAGCAAUACCGAGCCUUGACCGUGCCUGAGCUGACUCAGCAAAUGUGGGACGCUAAGAACAUGAUGUGUGCAGCUGACCCGAGACAUGGCCGCUACUUAACUGCAUCUGCAGUCUUCCGUGGCAAGAUGAGCACUAAAGAAGUCGACGAACAAAUGAUCAACGUUCAGAACAAGAACUCGUCUUACUUUGUGGAGUGGAUUCCGAACAAUGUGAAGUCGACCGUUUGUGAUAUUCCCCCGACAGGACUGAAAAUGGCUUCGACCUUCAUUGGGAACUCGACUUCCAUUCAGGAGAUGUUUAGGAGGGUGAGUGAGCAGUUCACGGCCAUGUUCAGGCGAAAGGCUUUCUUGCACUGGUACACUGGGGAAGGGAUGGAUGAGAUGGAGUUCACGGAAGCUGAGAGCAACAUGAAUGAUCUUGUUGCUGAGUAUCAGCAGUAUCAGGAUGCUACUGCUGAUGAGGAGUAUGAGGAUGAAGAUGAGUAUCAGGAGGAGGAUGAGGUAACACAUCUCGAUUCACCAUUUACCGCGCCAGAAUCUGCGCGUUUUGAGCCCGUUAAAGCUAGGUUUCUGUACCCUUCAUCCUGUAUUAGUUCGAGGAAGUCUUUGAUUUCGAGCUCGAGAGCAGAUCGUACGAUGGCCAGCCAAUCAGAUUCGCCUCAAUCUGUGCAUGAUUUCACUGUUAAGGAUGCCAAGGGGAAUGAUGUCGAUUUGAGUACAUAUAAGGGAAAAGUCCUUCUAAUUGUCAAUGUUGCAUCACAGUGUGGCCUGACCAAUUCAAAUUACACCGAGUUGACUAAAUUGUACGAGAAGUACAAAGAUCAAGGUUUGGAGAUAUUGGCAUUUCCAUGCAACCAGUUUGGCUCACAAGAGCCCGGUACAAACGAACAAAUUCAAGAGUUUGCUUGUACUCGUUUCAAGGCCGAGUACCCCAUAUUCGAUAAGAUUGAGGUAAAUGGUUCAAAUGCUGCUCCACUAUACAAAUAUAUGAAAUCAGUCAAAGGUGGGCUCUUCGGGGACAGCAUCAAAUGGAACUUCUCUAAAUUUCUUGUUGACCAAGAGGGUCGUGUCGUUGACCGAUAUGCUCCAACUACUUCCCCUCUGAGCAUAGAGAAGGACAUCAAGAAAUUACUGGAGAAAGGUGCAAAGAACUAAAGAAAUUCAUGGAGUAAAGGUUAAUAAGCAUUGCAGUGUACGAAUAAUUCAAUAACAAUAAUAAUGUCUUGGAGAAUAUGAGGAAAUUAUUACAUUUGUGUUAUGAAUGCUUCUGUAUUCCAAAGUUUAGAUUGUAUACAUUUGUGUGAUAUGAAUGCUUUAUAUUGCAAAGGUUUCGAUCAUUACUGAAGGCUUGGUGUUUGGUGAUGCCAUGGUUGCAUAUGCUUUUAGCGCUUAUUUGUCGUGUCGGGUUUAUCUUUUAAAUCUUGCUCAACAUUUUAUAACAGCUAGAAAACCAG